UGAUCAUUAUACCAGCCAAUAAAACAGGUGGAGGUGUCCUAACUUUUCACAAAUCGUGGUUCAGUGGCAGCGUGGUCCUCUUAACACAAUUUCGAAGAACUCUCGUCCCAUUACGAGGUGUAUCUGGUCAUUUUCACUUUCUAGCCACCCGAGGAAAGUGUGUCAUGUGCCCAUGAAAAGUUCCAUUAAUAUAUAUAUACGAUGAAGACCACAAUGGCCUUCGCCAGCCUUCGCACGUCGGCGUCCCCCUAUUAUAUUUAUUCGUCCCUCUCUAGUUUUUUCUCUCAUCCUCUGUCCUAAGUGCGCAGGAGAAACCCUAAUUAAUCUCCUCUGAUAUGGCUUCGGAUCCAGUGGUUCAUCGCUUUGAGGAAAUCAUAAGGCACAACCAAACGAAGGAUUGUUGGCUCAUAAUCAAUGGAAAGGUAUAUGAUGUAACACCAUUCAUGGACGACCAUCCUGGAGGGGAUGAGGUCUUGCUUUCCUCAACUGGAAAGGAUGCGACUAAUGAUUUUGAAGAUGUGGGGCACAGCCAAGAUGCUAAAGAGAUGAUGAACAAAUACUACAUAGGGGAGAUCGACCCUUCAACCAUCCCAGCAAAACGUGUCUAUCAGCCAGCAAAGCAGGCAGCUUACAACCCUGAUAAGACUUCUGAGUUUGUGAUUAAGAUACUACAGUUCCUGGUGCCUCUCUUGAUCUUGGGGCUGGCUGUUACCAUCAGAUACUAUACCAAAACAGAAUAAGGAUGUUCGGGCUCCCAUUUCUAUUGAAUUUUCGUGAUCCAUGUAGUUUGUGAGGACUGAACUGUAUAAGUGGAUUUUCCUUCUGAUAUGAGUAAGUAUGAUGGCUAAUUCAUAAUCACCAGAUUGUGGGAACAGCUGUUAGAACAUAGAAUCGUGAUUCAGACUCUUCAAUGUUCUAUUAAGGUAAUGGAUUCGCGCUCUCUCUUCAUUCA